ACCGGCCAAAAACGAUCAAGUCUACCAAAUUUAAAACAAUUCGAAUGUGAUAAUGAACGAUUAGAAUAUGUUAAAAGUAUUAUACGAUCACGGCCAAGAGCUCGUCGUUCUACUUGGAAUGAUAUCAACACCCCGCUAAUUACUAAACUUACUGAU